AUGACUAAUUCUGCUCUUCCAGCACUGACCAACCAGCCCCACGUUGCACUCAUCACCAGUGCAGCCCAGGGAAUCGGGCGCGCCAUUGUUCUGCGGUUCGCAGAGGACGGACUAGACAUUGCCGUCGCAGACUUGAAAUCACAGCGGGUGAAGCUCGACGGCAUCGCAGAUGAGUCUGACGACUGGGUAGAUGGUAGCAAAUGCCGCAAAAUCGUCGUGAAGCUCGUGGGCACCCUCACUGAUUUUGGCAAGAUCUUCGAUACCAAUGUCCGCGGAACGUUCCUCUGCUUGCACGCUGCAGAGCAGGUUAUGAUCAAACACGAGCGUGGCGGGAGGAUCAUCAGUGACAGGGAGCAAAGGCAGAAUAUUGAACAGCGUUUAUGGUGCGUCGAAAGCUGCGAUUCGAUGGUUCACACAGGCGCUCGCGAGCGAACUUGGGCACACCAGGCCUGGACCAAUUAAUACACGCCUGUAUGCUUUCCCCCUUAGUAUAUGCACUCUGGCGAUGAAAUGAAAGGGCAAAACAGCUAGACAUAAGUACACCUUGGAUAAAAGUUUUCUCAUCAGGAAGCCUAUCAGCAUUCUCUCUCGGUGAGACUCCCGC